AUGGCGAGCCCUCUGGAGGUAGUCUAUAUGCCACCCGCCAACCCUUCUCCGCAAGUGCAGCGCGUCCUGAGGUGGGCCGAGACUUUCAGCUCCUUCGAGAGGAAUGUGGGCGCGCACUUCGCGGACGACGUCGAAUACCACGUGCUCCCGAGGGCACUCCAGAGACCCGUGGUGACGAGGAGGAGGGCAUGCGAGGAGGGGUUCGAGAGACAGCGUUCGCUCUUCAAUUUCGUCAUUCAUGACUUGGUCGAAUCAGGGAGCAUGAUCUCUGUUCAUGUUUCGUCAUACGGAACCGGAGCAAAUGGCACGUUGUACACAAACGAAUACUUCUUCACCUUCUAUUUCCGGCCUGGAGGGCAAUGGGAAGAUGGCUUGCCGAAAAUAGCGGUUGUGCACGAGUUCGUAGACAGCUUGUCCACGGAGAGGAGGGCGGCCGGUGGGACUUAG